UUAAGUACAUUAGUCUAAAGUACAUGUGCAGGUCACUGAUUGUCUUCAAGGGCGUUAACGCCUCCAGGUGUCCAUGAAAGGACAUAUACUUCCAUCAAUGUACAUGCAUGAUAGGGCAUUGUGUACAGUCAGCAGUAUUAUUGGUAAAGAUGUUGGGAAAACUGGUUAACCUUGUUCUUCACACACGACCGAGUCACGUUUACGGGAACACACGGAGCGCAUUCCGUGUUCAGGCUACCUACGUAUUGAAGCGGAUCUCCAAGCACGUCUCCACCCUGAAUGAAUGCACCCAUGUAACAGAGUCCAAAAGAACAUGGCUCGCCUAAAAAUCGCCAGUGUCUUGAUCUAUGGAUUCGCAUGUGGCGUCAUACUAUUAGCAUUAUCUACGCUUCACAAGUAUUACACAAAAAAGGAUAAAUCGGAUUAUGAGAAUCUUUUGUUAAGUUAUAGCCAGUUAAAGGCUCUCGCACACAAGAAGGGGAUGGACCUCAAACCAGGAGAGGCUGAUUACGAUGUCCAUUUUGAUGAUCCCGUCGCCGAUGACGAUGUCGGUGCAGUCAAUGUCGGUGAAAAGCAGCUUCCGAAGGAAAAGCCUUCUGAUGAUUCACAUGGGAAGGGAUUUCACAUCACGGAAUAUUGGCAGGCAAGCUCUCUGUUGAAAUGGGACUGGGAGAAACCGCCGGAGUACACAUGCCGGAAUAUAUCCAAGGCAGGGAUAUAUGCAGUGUGUCAGGACCCGCCGUACACCGUCAAACCGCCCUGCAUCGCAUACUCAUUCGGGGUCUACACUGAGUGGGAGUUUGACGAAACCAUGGGCUUCAUGGGCUGUGAGACGCAUUCUUUUGAUCCAAGCGUGAAGUGGGACGACCACAUACAUAAGGGCGUUGUGCACUUUCACAAAAUGGGCAUCGGGGCGGAGGAUACCGAUGAUUACCGACCUGUCCCGGGGAUGUACGUCCGAAAACCCCAAGUGUGGAAGAUGAGGACCUUACCCUCAAUCAUGAAGAUGCUAGGCCAUCAGGAUAAAGUGAUCGACGUCCUGAAGGUGGACGUGGAGGGCUUUGAGUGGUUCAUGCUGCAGCAGCUCAUUGACACGGGGUUGAUGGAACGAGUCAGACAGUUCUAUGUGGAGUGGCACCUCAUCCGGGACUUCCCUAAGAAAGCCAACUACUUUGAUCUGCUUAGAACCUACUACAAGAUGAAAGAAAUAGGAUUCAGGACAUUUUCCAAUGACUUUAAGUUUAAAGGAUACACGGAGAAGAGGUGGAGGCUUCAGUCAGACGCACUUUAUGUCAACACCAAAUUUGAUGCAAAUUUGUGGAGAUAAUUCUUCAAAGUGACGCGAUCGGAUAAUCUGUGGGACAUAGAAUUGGGAAUUUUCAUAUAUUAUAUGCACAUUUAUAAUGUGUGAGUGCAUGAAUGAGUGAGUGAGUGGGUGAGUGGUUUUAAGCCGAUUCAGCAAUAUUCAAGCAAUAUCACAUCAAGGUAACCCCUGAGGGUGAGUAUUGUUUUACGCCGCUUUUAGCAAUAUUCUAGCAAUAUCACCCAAAAUGGCUUUAAGUCAGCAUUAUGGAUGUCACCGUCACCAAGUAUCGAUGCAUCAUCGCGAUGUCAUGAAUCGAUAUAAGACUAAGUGAGGUCACGUGGAAGAGUAAAAUAAUACUACUUCCUGACUGCCUCGGUUUACAAGCUGUUGUGCGAAUUUUGUCACUGCAUUGAAACUAAUGCAUCUUUGGGGUGUAUGCAAUACGCAUGAGAUACCGAUCACUAUGUUCCAGGAAGGGGGAAGGCGACAGCUUCUUUUCUAACUAAAUCAAAUUCAUUUGCUCUAGUUUCGGGACAAGUUUUUAUUGAAUCCGUGAAAGAAAAUUAUUUUUCUAGAAAUGUUUAAUAUGUUUUUAAACAUAUUUGUGUCACAUGUGUGCAUCUGUGAAGGUUUAUUGUAUGACCGCUCCAAAUGGCAUACAUUGUCAUCAAUAAUAACAGUGUACAGUCAAGGGCAAAUGAGGUGGAUAUUUUGUAUGACAACAUAGUUGUCGCCUCUGGUGUAAAAGCUUCUGAGCGAAAAUCUGAUACACGAGAGUUUAAACUAAAGUUUGCCCAUUGAAAUCUUCCAGUGGCUAAUACACAGUGUCUUUGGGAUGGCCCCGGGUUAGAAUGAACGUCUGAAUGAACAUAGGAGAAAAUCAUUAAAACCGAAUGACAUCUUCAAAUUGUAAAGACAGAGGGUAGAUAAUAAAGAUGAACAAUUUUUUUUUUUUAAUGUUUCAUUCUUAUUGAUUCUUUUCAAAAUGUUUUGUCGCAAUAUGACUGAAAUAAUGCCAUGCGUCGUUAAAGUUGAACUCACUUGUCAAAAUGUUUUCAGAAAACAAACUCUUUUCUUUAGAGUCUAACCAAAUAAAAUGGUGCCUCAAUAGUAUAAACAUGUAGUAGUAGUAGUGAAUGAGUUGGUUGAGCGAAUCUUUGAACGGCGUGUCAGUAUCAUGUUUUGUUUGCUUGUUUGUUGUUUAACACGGCAAUAUUCCAGCUAUAUGAUGGCGGUCUUUAAAUAAUAGUGUCUGGACCAGACAAUUCAGUGAUUCACAUCAUGGGCAUCAAUCUACGCGAGUAUAAUCGCGAGGUAUUAUUAAAUACAGAAGAUAUUUCAAAGUGACAUAUAUGUGGUAGAUGUUACUACAACUACCUGCACGGGUAUGGCGCUGAAACGCAAGGGUCCUAAUCGGGACAAAUCUCGGAGUCGAACUCAGAAUCCGCCCAUAGUUGCAUCUCGCACCCAAGCAGUGGCAGUAGCUUGGAAAAAAAUCUUUAUUUUUAAAUGCACUUGUGUUCAAUGUUCAUAUCACUCAUUGUAUUAUUUUGCCUUUGUAUUGCUCACGGAUCCGGAAAUAAAACCUAACGAGAAGAACAAAA